AUGCCAACGGUAAAAGAGAGGGUACAGGCAUUGAAGCCUCAUCAGAGGUUUGUGUCGUUUGAAUUUUUUCCACCGAAAACAGAUACUGGGUUUCGUAAUUUGUUAGCUAGAUUGAAUCGUAUGCUGGCGUUAAACCCAUUAUUCAUCACAGUUACUUGGGGAGCAGGUGGAUCUACUAGUGAAAAGUCUUUAGAUUUGGCAGCAACAUGCCAGAAAGAGAUAGGACUCACAACGGUGUUACACUUAACAUGUACCAAUACAAAUAAAGAGAUCAUUGACAAUGCGUUGAAAAAGGCCAAAGAGCAGGGUGUAAGGAAUAUUCUCGCUUUGAGAGGUGAUCCUCCUAGAACAGAGGAAUAUUGGGUGCCAGAUUGUGAUUUUAACAAUGCAGUAGAUUUAGUUAGAUAUAUUAAGGAGCAAUAUGGUGACUAUUUCUGUAUUGGUGUUGCGGGAUACCCUGAGGGCCAUGUUGAUGGCUCAGAUAACUCGAACCAGGAUCCUCGUAAUGAUAUGCCAUAUUUAGUUGACAAGGUCGAAGCCGGUGCAGACUAUAUUAUAACACAAUUAUUCUUUGAUGUUGAUAAAUUCAUUAAGUACGAAGCUAUGAUUAGAUCAUACCCACAGUUAAAGGAUAUAAUUUUAAUCCCAGGUUUAAUGCCUAUAACCACAUACAAAGUAUUCACCAGAGCUACUAAGUUGUCUCAUGCAUCAAUUCCAUUGGAAAUUCAAUCUAGCUUACACUCGUCUAGUUAUGAUGAUGAUUUAGUGAAAAAUAUUGGUAUUGAAGUUGUUAAUAAAAUUAUUGAUGAAAUAGAUUCUAAAACUGAUGACCGUAUCAAGGGAUAUCAUUUUUACUGUCUUAAUUUAGAAAAGGCGGUAGCAUCUAUUAUAAAUAAUUCUGAUGUAUUGAAAUCAGUUAUGGAUUUGCCAGAUGAAACCAACGAUAAUGAAGAUGCAAUUGCAUCUGAUUCAGAUGAGGAUAUUCAACCCGUAGCAAUAUCAAAUAAAAGAAGAAAAUCUUCUAUUGUUAAUGAUAACGAAUUGGCUGAUAAAGCAAGCGCCCAAAAGAGUCUCGUUAGCAAGGCUUUAAUUGGUGAUAAGAGAACUUUAGUGGAUAUUAGUACCGGUAAAGGUGCGUUAGGUAAAGAUGCUACAUGGGAUGAUUUUCCAAAUGGUAGAUUCGGUGAUUCGAAUUCUCCAGCCUAUGGUGAAAUCGAUGGUUAUGGUCCAACUUUGAAAAUUUAUUCUCCAGACGAAGCUUUUCACAAAUGGGGAGCGCCAGAAUCUGUCAGUGACAUUAUUAAAGUAUUUGUCAGCUAUUUAUCAGGUAAGAUAGAUUCAUUACCUUGGGUUGAUGCGGCGUUAUCGCCAGAAACGGCUUUAAUUCAAGAAGAAUUAUUUGAAGUAAACAACAAAGGUUGGUUUUCAUUGGCUUCGCAGCCUGCAGUUAAUGGUUGUUUGUCGUCUGAUAAAAUUUUUGGUUGGGGACCCAGCAAUGGUAUCAUUUACCAAAAGGCUUUUAUUGAAAUUUUCAUUCCUAAAGAGACGUGGACUAAUAAGUUAUUACCGGGAUUACAAAAGUAUUUAGAUGAUCAAUCAAUCACCUAUUAUUGCGGUGAUUCCGAAGGACACCUUUCUUCCAAUUUACAAAUUGAUAAAGACCAAUAUAACAGCAAAAAUGCUAUUACAUGGGGUGUCUUUCCUCUGAAGGAAGUUUUGCAACCAACAAUAAUUGACCUUGAGUCUUUCAAGGCUUGGAAUGAAGAAGCAUUUAUAUUGUGGUUAGAAUGGGCUAGAUGUUAUAAGAAAACAUCUAAGACAUAUGAAUUAUUAAAUUCUAUUUACAAGGAUUAUUAUUUAGUCAGUUUAAUAUCUCAUGAAUUCAGCGAUGAGUAUGCUUUAUGGAACAUUUUAUUAGAAAACAAAUAA